AUGACAACACCUAAUAAUAUUGAGAAUCCAAUCAAUGGUAUCAUUCCUUCUAACUCCAUUGUCUGCACUAAAUUCACAUUUAAUGUUAAAAAUCUAGAUAUGAAUAACUACAUAAAGGGUGAGACAAAAGAGGUCAUGCCAGAGUAUGGAUUGCAGAUGGAUCCAAGUGUUGUACACAUGAGAGUCAACUCUGGUAGUAAGAUCCGCAACCUCAUGACAUAUGCCAUAAAGAAAAUCAAAGAGCCAAAUGUGACACAGUUAGUGUGGAAUGGGUCAGGCCAGGCAUUGACUAAGGUCAUAGCAUGUGCUGAGAUCAUGAAGAGAAAAGUCAAGGGACUCCAUCAAAUAACAAAAACAGAUUACAAAAGAAUUGAGGAGUACUGGGAGCCAAAGAUAGAAGGGUUAGAAAGGUUAAAAGUAAACCGCGAUGUCCCACACAUGAUGAUCUUGCUAUCCCAGAAUCCUUUGGAUACAGAGGAACCUGGCUACCAAGCUCCAGAUAAAGGGGAUGCAUUUUGGAAACGAUCUGCCACUUCAAGCAGCAAACCUAAAGACUCAAAACUAAGACAAAAAAGGGAUCAGAAAUCGCAAAAUGAAUUCUCUGAGGCUGCUCAGUUUCAGAAAAAGAAAAAGAAACAAAAAUUUGGCAAACAACAAGGGCAAGAUGGAGUCCAGGAGUCUAAUGGACAGAAUACAAAGAAAGCAUAUGAUAAAAAGAGGAAUAAAAAAGUUAAAAAGACUGAUAAAAUGCCUUCUAAAACUGACACUGACAACUCCAAAUCUUUAAAAGAUUCAGAUGUCAGUGUUGACUCUAAAGAACCAAAAGAUCAUGUGACACUCAAUGAAAGUACAGUUUCCAUGAAAACUGAAUGA